AUGGCGGUAAGACAUAGCGGAGAUAAUUUGCCUUCGAUAGGGAAUUUAGGAGAUUGUUCCGUAUGUUGCAGUUCAUUAAAUAAUGCAUCGGAUAUAGUUAGAACAGUUUGCCAACAUUAUUUUCAUAAGACUUGUUUAACUGAAUGGAUAACAACUUCACCGACUUGUCCACAAUGUCGACAGUCAUGUAGGGAAGAUAGUUUAAUUAAUGUAAGAAGUGAAUUAGAUAUAGAUUUGAGUCAACAACAAAACUCUAGAGGUGCAGUUCCCAGCUAUACCAAGACCACAGAACCGGAAUGGCCAAGGGAAGAAUUUCCUGCUUUACGCAGUGAACCUAGGGUACAAAAUUCAGAAAGUUUGCCUGCGAAUGAUCGUCGUUCUGAGACAAUACCUACCAGUGUUCAUCGUACACAAAGUUUUCAUCCUAGUUAUCCAGCUCCUAACAACUUUCAACGUAUUUCCACAACUUCUUCUAUAGUUCAUAAUAGUGGACGAUAG